AUGUUGGAGGCCGUGCUGUGUGGGGCCAAGGAGGAGGAGGAGGAGGAGAAGAGAGAAGUAUGUCCUUUGUUUCGACUUCCCUUCACAGGCUCUUUCUUCCUCUUCAUCACACCCUUGCAGAAUCCAACCCAGCAUUCAAACUCUCUUCUCUCUUUUCCCGCAGGAACUGAAGCGGCACUACCGGCUUCUGCUGGGCAGUCUUCUUAUGGAGGCACCCAACCCUGGCACCCUCCUCCACCUUCUCAGUGUAAGUGUCCCGAUGGCAUCAGGGGUGGUUUUAGGGUUGUCCCCCCCCCCGUUCCUUACCCAAUGGACUGCCCCAUUUCUGGGGCACAGAGCCUGUUUGGCCCCCAAUUUGGUCCAAGACCAAAGCUGGCAACCCCUCAUGGUCCAGAAGUGCCAGAAGUGCCACUCUGUGGUGGGGACAGUGGGGGCCGCUUUGGCCCAGACUGGCCCCUGACUCCGAAAUGCUCUUUCCUCCUGCAGGACCUCAGAGGAUACGCCCUGGGGGAAAGUGGGGAGGCUCAAGAACUUGCAGCCAGCAGCAUCUCUUUGCUGCUGGCCAUUGCCAGGAAAUAUCCCAAACUCAGAGUAAGUACCUUGCCUUCUUCUAUUCAUUUCUUUGGUUACUUCCAUCCCCCCAAAGAUCACAUCCCCAAGUGAUCUUUAGCGCAGAUGGUGCGGGGUGUGUCCCUGGGGGCCAGGAUGAGGCCAGAGGCUUUUCCUGCCCCCUUUCCUGCUGCUGCCCUUCCACCUCUGCCCAGGAGGCUGCAGGGCCCAGGGAGGUCCUCUGGAACAAGGGACUGGGCCCAAGACAGAGGGAGACCCAUCCUUCCUGACUUGGCGCUGCUUCUGUGCUCUCUUGCUCCCAUCCGACCCCAAUUUUUCUUUUCUCUGCAGAUGACAGUAGUUCGGCCGGACCUGGCUUGCUUCCGCCUGAAGCCAAAAGAAGGUAAGCCCCACACCUGGAGACAGUGACCUUUGACUAAAGGCCUGUGGGACAAUCUCAUUUUCAUUUUCAUUCUCUUCCAUCCAGAUGACAUCAUCAUUGAAGAUAUAUAG